UCUCCAACCUCCGUCCAACCUCCUCCAGCUUCCAUCCAUCCUUCCUGCAGCCUCCUCCUCCUCCUCCUCAGCCUUCACUGACCCUCUUCUGAGCUUCCCCCGACCUUCCUUCCAUCCUCUUCCCAACCUCUUCCAACCUUCUCCAUCCUCUCCCCAACCUUUCCCCGACCUCCUCCCCCGACUUCCAACCUCCCCCAACUUCCAACCUCCCCCCAUUCUCUUCCCAACCUCCUCCCAGUCUCCUCCAACCCCCUUUUUCCCACCUCCCGGACGCCUUCCCGACCCCUUUUCCCCCGUUUCCAGCCAUGUCCGUGUCCAUCCCUCUCCGGAGCGGGGCGGCCGUUCCGGGCCGUUCCUUCUCCUCCCGCUCCUUCUCGGCGGGUCCCGCGCUGAGGAUGAGCUCGGCCUCGGCCUUCGGCCUCUCCGGGGGGCUGCGCCGCGGCCCCGGCGCCUUCCGGGGGGCCGGGGGGGUGCCGGGGGUGCCGGGGGUGGGGAUCACGUCCGUCAGCGUCAACAGGAGCCUCCUGACGCCCCUGGACGUGUCCGUGGAUCCGGAGCUGCAGGAGCUGCGCCGGGAGGAGAAGGAGCAGAUCAAGACCCUCAACGACAAGUUCGCCGCCUUCAUCGACAAGGUGCGGUUCCUGGAGCAGCAGAACAAGCUGCUGGAGACCAAGUGGGGGCUCCUGCGGGCGCAGCCGCCCCCCCAGAGCGGGCUGGGGGGGCUCCUCGAGGGCUACGCGGGGACCCUGCGGCGGCAGCUCGAGGGGCUGGGGCAGGAGCGGCAGCGGCUGCGGGCGGAGCUCGGCCACGUCCGCGGGCUGGUCGACGAGUUCAAGGCCAAGUACGAGGACGAGAUCAAUCACCGCACGGAGAAGGAGAACGAGUUCGUGCUGCUCAAGAAGGACGUGGACGAGGCCUACAUGGCCAAGGUGGAGCUGGAGUCACGUCUGGAGAGUCUGACGGACGAGAUCAACUUCCUGCGGCAGCUCUACCAGGAGGAGCUGCAGGAGCUGCGUUCCCAGAGCUCGGACACGUCCGUGGUUCUUUCCAUGGACAAUUCCCGGCACCUGGACAUGGGGGGGGUCCUGGCCGAGGUGCGGGCGCAGUUCGAGGACAUCGCCGGGCGCAGCCGCGCCGAGGCCGAAGGGCUCUACCAGGGCAAGUACGAGGAGCUGAAGCUGACGGCCGGGAAGCAGGGGGACGACCUGCGGAACACGCGGAGCCAGAUCCAGGAGCUGAACCGCAGGAUCCAACGGAUCCAGGCCGAGAUCGACGCCCUCAAGAACCAGCGCUCGGGGCUGGAGGCGGCCGUGGCCGAGGCGGAGGAGCGCGGGGAGCUGGCGCUGAAGGACGCCCGGGCCAAGCUGGGAGGGCUCGAGGGGGCCCUGCAACAGGCCAAGCAGGACCUGGCCCGGCAGCUCCGCGAGUACCAGGAGCUCAUGAACGUCAAGCUGGCCCUGGACAUCGAGAUCGCGACCUACAGGAAGCUGCUGGAAGGGGAGGAGAGCAGGCUGGAGGCGGCCGUGCAGACCCUGAGCAUCCACCCCAAACCUUCGGGGUACCCGGGCGCCUUCGGGGGGGGUUUCGGGGGCGGUUUCGGGGGGGGUUUCGGGGGGGGCUUUGUCAGCACGGGGUACUCGGGCCCCCCCCCGCCCCCCGAGGGCGGGACCCCCCCCAAAUCCCGCGCCAUCGUCAUCAAGAAGAUCGAGACCCGCGACGGGAAACUCGUGUCCGAGUCCUCCGACGUCCUGGAGAGCUGAGCCCCCCCCCCCACUGCUUGAGGGGGGCAUUCGGGGGGGCUGAUGAGCCCCCCCCUCUUCUCGGGGU